CAGGUAAUGAACCACAAAGAUCAUGUCUGAAGUACAAGCAACGGUUGAGUUUUCUGUGGAGCUACAUAAAUUUUAUAAUGUGGAUCUCUUUCAGAGAGGGUAUUACCAGAUCCGAGUGACCUUGAAGGUGUCCUCAAGGAUUCCCCACAGACUGAGCGCUUCCAUCGUUGGGCAGACAGAGAGCAACAGUGUGAAUUCAGCCUGUGUCUACGAGAGCACUGUCCGCAGCCGCAUCUUCCAGAUCUUGUACAGGAAUGAAGAGGUGCCCAUAAACGACGCAGUCCUCUUCCGAGCGCAUUUGCUCUUAGACGGUGAAAGGGUGGAAGAUGCACUGAGUGAAGUCGAGUUUCAGCUCAAGGUGGACCUGCACUUCACAGACAGUGAGCAGCAGUUGAGGGACGGGGCCGGUGCCCCGAUGAUCAGCAGCCGCACGCUGGGCCUGCACUUCCACCCGCGGAGGGGUCUGCACCACCAGGUCCCUGUCAUGUUUGACUACUUCCAUCUGUCGGUGAUCUCGGUGACCGUCCACGCGGCCCUGGUGGCCCUCCAGCAGCCCUUGAUCAGUUUCACUCGUCCUGGAAGAGGCUCCUGGCUUGGUAAAGGUGGCCCAGAUUCGGGGCCAGAGCAGUCCAUUAUUUCUCUGGAAAAUUUAGUGUUUGGAGCUGGAUACUGCAAGCCUACUUCCUCAGAGGGGAGCUUCUACGUGCCCUCGGAGAACUGCAUGCAGCACGCCCACAAGUGGCACCGGGACCUGUGCUUCCUGCUCCUGCACGCCUACCGGGGUUUGCGCCUCUACUUCCUCGUCAUCCUGCGGGACAUCCCCGAGCUGCCGCCCAUGGAGCUGGAGGCCCUUGCUGUUGAAGAAACGCUCUCCCGGCUGUGCUCGGAGUUACAGACGCUGAACAAUCCCGAGAAGAUCGCCGAGCAGAUCAGCAAGGACCUGGCCUGGCUGGCCUCCCACCUGAUGGCGCUGUGGACGCAGUUCCUGGACACGGUGACGCUCAACGCCCAGGUGGCCACGUACCUCACCCGGGAGCACCACAGCCUGAGGGUCCGGAGGUUUUCCGAGGCCUUCUUCUACAUGGAGCACCAGAAGCUGGCGGUCCUGACCUUCCAGGACAACCUGAUCCAGAGCCACAGCCAGCUUUCCCUGGACAUCCGGAGCUCGGAGUACCUCACCAGCAUGCCCCCGCUGCCCGCGGAGUGCCUGGACAUUGACGGCGACUGGAGCACUCUCCCCGUCAUCUUCGAGGACAGAUACGUGGACUGCCCGGUGACAGGGCAUCAUUUGAGUCUUUACCCUAAUUUUGACGUUCCAGCCGCGAGUCCUGCAAUAACGGAUCUGAAAGAAAAGGAAGGGAAGCCGCCUUUUCCAGAGGACUUGGCGCCGCCCGCGGCCCGAGCGCCCCACGGGAACUCGGAUGGAGAGAGUGCGAGCUGCCCGAAGGCCGGCGGCGGGCGCGGGGCCCCGGGCGGCCGGGCGGACGUGUGCUCCGAGUCCCAGAUCUACCUGACCAUCGGUGAAUUCCAGGCCACGGCGGGCGUGCCCAGGGACGAGGGCCGGGCCGGGCCCCCGCGGCGCCCCGGGGCGGUGGAGGAGGAGGACGCGCGGGGCCCAGCGCUGACCUCCGCGGACACGGGCGUGCCAUCGGGCAAUGAGCCCCACCCGAGGGCCGAGCCCCAGCAGGCGCAGGCCCCCGGGGGCGCUCCCCACGAGACCCAGGGCCCCCCCAGGACCGGGCCGCCGGGCAAGGUGGGAGCGGGCGGGAGCCACCCCAGAGCAGCCAUCCCCAAAGAGGAGCCCUCGGAGGGCAAGCAGCUGCCGCUGAGCCUGAAGCUCAGCCCGGCGGCGGCCGAGCCCUGCGCGCCCCCGGGGUGCGCCCCCCGGGAGCCGUGCGCCCCGCCGAAGGAGCCGCCCCCCGACGAGCGGGAGGAGCCGUGGGCGCUGUCCGGGGCCAUGCAGCGGUCUUCGUCCCUCAUCUCGGACUCGGGCAUCGAGAGCGAGCCCAGCUCGGUGGCCUGGUCGGAGGCGGCGGCGCGGGGCCGGGCGCUGGAGCUGCCCGGCGAGCGCGAGGCCUGGCCGCGGGCGGGGCGGCGGCGCGCGCGGCACCGGCGCUCGCUGGAGGGCGGCGCGGGGGGCCGAGCGGGCAGCCACGGCAGCCUGCCCAGCGCCAUGCAGGCCUCGCUCUCCUCCAUCAGCUCGCUGCCCUUCGAGGACGAGGAGCGCGAGCUGGCGCUCACCACGCUCACCAAGUCGGCGUCCGCGCCGCAGAUCAGCAGCCCCGACGGGGAGGACGCCGCCGCCGCCGGGCCCCACCGCAGCCCCGGCGCCCCCCGGGGCCGGCGAAGCCUCGCCCCCGCCGCCGCUGACCACGCCGGGGCCGCCCCGUCCCCCGCGGAGCUGGAGCCUCCGGCCUGGCGGACGCCGGAGCUGAAGGGGCCCCAGCUGAGCCCGGCCGAGAGCUUCGCCCUGGACAGCCUGAAGGCCGUGGAGGUGGUCAACCUGUCGGUGUCGUGCACGGCCACCUGUCUCCCCUUCUCGUCUGUGCCCAAGGAGACCCCGGCCCGGGCCGGCCUCCCGUCCAAGCAGACCCCCCCGACGGCGCCCAUCACGCACCAGCCCCUGGGCUCCUUCGGAGUGGUCUCCACCCACGCCGGCCGGCUGGACCAGGACGUCAGCCAAACCAUGUCCAGUUUCUAUCAGGCCAAAGAAAAAUUUAAAAAGGAACUGAAGAUUGAAGGCUUUCUGUACAGUGACUUAACUGUACUCGCUUCUGACAUCCCGUAUUUCCCACCAGAGGAAGAGGAGGAAAACCUGGAGGAAGGCAUUCAUCUCGUCGUCUGUGUCCACGGCUUGGAUGGAAACAGUGCAGAUCUCCGGCUGGUGAAGACGUUCAUAGAACUGGGGCUCCCCGGAGGAAAGCUGGAUUUCCUGAUGUCUGAAAAGAAUCAGAUGGACACAUUCGCAGACUUCGAUACCAUGACGGAUCGGUUACUGGAUGAAAUCAUUCAACACAUUCAGUUGUACAAUCUCUCCAUAUCCCGAAUUAGCUUCAUCGGCCAUUCGCUGGGCAACAUCAUCAUCCGCUCGGUCCUCACCAGGCCCCGCUUCCGGUAUUACCUCAACAAGCUCCACACCUUCCUGUCGCUGUCCGGGCCUCACCUGGGGACUCUGUACAACAACAGCACCCUGGUCAGCACAGGCCUGUGGCUCAUGCAGAAACUGAAGAAGUCCGGGUCCCUUUUGCAAUUGACCUUCAGGGAUAAUGCCGACUUGCGCAAGUGUUUCCUCUACCAGCUAAGCCAAAAAACAGGAUUGCAGUAUUUUAAAAACGUUGUCCUGGUGGCUUCUCCCCAAGAUCGUUACGUGCCCUUCCACUCGGCCCGGAUCGAAAUGUGCAAGACGGCCCUCAAAGACAGACACACAGGGCCAGUUUACGCAGAAAUGAUCAACAAUCUCCUGGGCCCGCUGGUGGAAGCCAAGGACUGCUCUUUGAUCCGACACAAUGUGUUCCACGCCCUGCCCAACACUGCCAACACCUUGAUCGGCCGCGCCGCUCACAUCGCGGUGCUGGAUUCAGAACUUUUCCUGGAGAAGUUUUUCUUGGUGGCGGGACUCAACUAUUUCAAGUAG